CCCUGGAGCGGAGAAAACUCCGGCUGGCAGUCCUGCCCGGGGUCCCCCCUGUUCCGGGCGGCGCCCCUUGCUCUCACGUGCCUGGACCUCGAGGGCUUCGGGGGGAUCCCAGGAGGGGCUGACGGUCCCCAAAUCCGUGGCAGGCCACGAUGCUCAUGAGGAAAGUGCCAGCCUUCGUCCCGGCCUCGUCCUGGGGGCUGCGGCUGCCGCAGAAGUUCCUUUUCCUUCUCUUCCUCUCGGGGCUCAUCACCCUGUGCUUCGGGGCCCUCUUCCUGCUGCCCCAUUCCUCUCGCCUCAAGCGCCUCUUCCUGGCCUCCCGGACCCAGCAGCCUGGCCUGGAAGUGGUGGCCGAAGUUGCGGGCCACCACCCGGCCCAUGAGCCAGAACCUCCACCCAACCCGGCCCCCGCGGUGCCUGCCCCAGGCGAGGACGAUCCGGGCAGCCGGGGCAGUGCCCGUCGCAGGAAGGGAUGGCUGCGGCGCACCCGCCCCACCGGACCCCGAGAGGAAGCCACUGCUGCCCGGGGCAACGGCAUCGCGAACCCUAGGCCUGGAGAGGAGAGUGUCCCCUUCAGCUUUGAUUUCAAUCUUUUCCGGAGUCGCUUGCGCCACCCGGUCCUGGGGACUGGGGCCGACGAAAGUAAGGAGCCCCAAAGCCGAGUGCGAGCCCAGCGGGAGAAAAUCAAGGAGAUGAUGCGCUUCUCCUGGCAGAGCUACCGGCGAUAUGCGAUGGGCAAGAAUGAGCUCCGCCCACUCACCAAGGAUGGCUAUGAGGGCAGCAUGUUCGGUGGCCUCAGUGGGGCAACAAUCAUUGAUUCUCUGGACACUCUGUAUCUCAUGGAGCUGAUGGAGGAGUUCCAGGAAGCCAAGACCUGGGUAGAAGAAAGCUUCCACCUGAAUGUGAGUGGGGAAGCAUCCUUGUUUGAGGUGAACAUUCGCUACAUUGGAGGACUCCUCUCAGCCUACUACCUGACAGGAGAAGAGGUGUUCCGAAUAAAGGCCAUCAAGCUUGGAGAGAAACUUCUGCCCGCCUUCAACACCCCCACAGGAAUCCCAAAGGGCAUAGUGAACUUUAAAAGUGGAAGCUGGGGCUGGGCCACUGCAGGCAGCAGCAGCAUCCUGGCAGAGUUUGGAUCCCUGCACCUGGAAUUCUUACACCUCACUGAACUCUCUGGCAACCAGGUCUUCGCAGAAAAGGUCAGGAAUAUCAGAAAAGUCCUGAGGAAAAUCGACAAGCCCUUUGGCCUCUACCCCAACUUCCUCAGCCCGGUGAGCGGGAACUGGGUGCAACACCACGUCUCGGUUGGAGGACUUGGGGACAGUUUUUAUGAAUAUUUGAUCAAAUCCUGGCUGAUGUCUGCCAAGACAGAUAUGGAAGCUAAAAAUAUGUACUACGAAGCCUUGGAGGCAAUAGAGACCUACUUGCUGAAUGUCUCUCCUGGGGGGCUGACCUACAUUGCUGAGUGGAGAGGGGGGAUUCUGGACCACAAGAUGGGGCACCUGGCCUGUUUCUCAGGGGGCAUGAUCUCCCUCGGCGCAGAGGACGCCAAGGAAGAAAAGAGAGCCUACUACCAGGAGCUCGCAGCCCAGAUCACCAGGACGUGCCACGAGUCAUACGCUCGCUCAGACACCAAGCUUGGGCCUGAGGCCUUCUGGUUCAACUCUGGGAGAGAAGCAGUGGCCACCCAGCUGAGCGAGAGCUACUAUAUCCUGCGGCCCGAAGUGGUGGAGAGCUACAUGUACCUGUGGCGGCAGACACACGACCCCAUCUACAGGGAAUGGGGCUGGGAGGUGGUGAUGGCCUUGGAGAAAUACUGCCGGACAGAAGGUGGUUUCUCGGGGAUUCAGGAUGUGUACAGCAGCAACCCCAACCAUGACAACAAGCAGCAGAGCUUCUUCCUGGCAGAGACGCUCAAAUACCUCUAUCUUCUGUUCUCGGAAGAUGACAUGCUGUCGCUGGAGGACUGGGUGUUCAACACCGAGGCGCACCCGCUGCCCGUGAACCACUCGGACAGCUUGGGCAGCUCGGGCCCUGUGCACCGGCACUGACCUGCCACCCACCCCGCCCCGGCACCUCAGGGAUGCCUUGCCUUCUCGGGGUUCAGAACUGUUUCCACAGGCCUUGGGAACAGAGGCCCCAUCCUGGCCAGACCCUGGGCUGAUGUGUCGGACCAGCAACUUCUUUUCCUCUGUGAGGAGACAGGACCUGGAGACGCAGCGAGGCCAGGCAGGGCCCCGGCCCCCGCAUUCCUUUCGACAGAGAAUUUCUACAAACUCACUUGCCACUGCAGGGCCAAAGGACCAGAGGGUCACAUCGCCACCCCUGUGCUUUGUUUACCUCCUUCCCGAUUUGGGGGUUUUGUUUUGCUUUUCCUGUUCCAUUAUGCUUUAUUAUAAUUACAUAGAUUCCAAAAUCAUUUUGUCUGAAACCAUGUCAUCCUGAUGAAGGAAACCUCAGAGCAUUUGCACAGAAAACCUUGACCCCAGAUCUCUAUAUUUUUAAUGCCUUCUGCCCAACAUUUACUCUGUGUUCAACCAUGUUGCUACCCUAUGCUUUCAGGAAGGGCCCUUUGACUUGGGCCUAAGCAUUACAGAUCACUAGUUCUAUUUUCAUUGUUGUCCUGGGAAAUGAUGUGAACUAGAAUAAAGGAGUUUAUUCAAUAAGGAA